CAUUCCUAGUCAGUACUUGGGGAGACGCCGGAGGGAGAGGAGGUGCGUGUUAUGGUGUGUGGCUGGUGUGAGUGUUGACCCUAAGUAGCCAAGAUGGCCAGCUCGAACAAGGAUGAUUCGCUCUCUAUGGAGCAAAGGGGUAACCAGAUCGUCCAUGUGCGUGCUGACAGUGACAGCGAGCUUCAGGCACUUUUCGAGGUAGUGCUGAAGCCCUCUAGCCAAGUGCCCUUGCAGAAGCCCUUCAAGAUGCGCAACCUGCCCGCGUCUUUCUUCACGCCCCCCGCCCACCGCCAGUCCCCCGCGCCCACCGUCACCCACUCGAGGGAAGGCUCGGCGGACUCUACCUUCGGCGGGGGCGGCCUCAGAGUGUCGGGUGCCAUGUCACCCAACACGGCCCCGCAGCACUUCCGGCACCACUCUUCGCCAGCAUCCUUGCAACAGACCUUCGCUGUGCAACAGCAGCAGCAGGUUGGCCACCUGAACAUCAACGAUGACAUGGGGAGUCUUCCUCCGGGCUGGGAGCAAGCGAGGACUCCCGAGGGGCAAAUAUAUUACCUCAACCACAUCACACAGUCCACGACAUGGGAGGACCCGCGCAAAACCCUGAUGAAGCAGAGGCAGCGGCAACAGCAGCAGGCCCAGCAGCACGCCCCUGUCUCCCAGCCCGCCCAUGUGGCCGUGUCGCAGGCAGCCGGGGGCGCUCCACCCCAGCCACCUCAGCCCGCGGCCGCCGCCCCUCAGGGGGCCCCGCCACCGAACGUGGGGACGCUGGUCAACGGGAACCUUGGGCCGCUGCCCGAGAGCUGGGAGCAGGCCGUCACCCCCGAGGGAGAGGUCUACUUCAUCAACCACGACGACAAGUCCACGUCCUGGUUUGACCCCAGGCUCCCUCGACGCCUGCAGACGCCAGCUUCGUUAAACGGCGUGCAGCCCCCACAGCACUCCCAAGCAACCUCCCAGAGUGCCAGCGGUGCAGCACCAACACAGCCAACGCAAGUGAGCCACCAGUUGCCUCCCCUUGCCUCCACCGUCAGCACUUCGGCAGCAGCACUUCUUUCCAGGCAUCAGACGCUACGGCUACAGCGCCUUCAGGUUGAGCACGAGAGACUGAGGCUUCGUCAGCAAGAGAUUAUCAAAAAAGAACAGUCAUUGCAAAUGAGUCUGCAAGAAGAAGCAAGACAGCAGCAGGUACAACCUUCACAACAACAACAGCCACAACCACCACAACAACCACAGCCACAACCACAGCCGCAGCAGCAGCAGCAGACAGCACAAACAGUAGCCCAACAGCAGUCCACACAGCAAACCUCACAACAACAGCAGCAAGGUAGUGAGCUGGUGCUGACCUCUGCUGGCCUGACUUUACCCUCGGCCCCGCAGACAGUGACUCCUGUGACCAGCGUGGUCACCACAGCUGCUGACACCUUCAUCACUACCACAGACAUCCACACGCGGCAGGAGUCAGCAGAUAGUGGACUAGGCCUGGGGACCAAUUACUCCCUCCCUCAUACUCCCGAGGAUUUCCUGGCAUCAAUGGAGGAUGUUGAGAUCACACCUGAUGUUGAGAUGAAGACCUCACCAGCGAACAAUAUCCUCGAGGCUCCUGAGUUGGAAUCCAUGGACUCUGAGGACCUUGUGCCGUCAAUACAGCUUAAUGAUGACCUGUCCACGGAUUUCUUAAACGACAUGUUGGAGCCCUCCAAAAUAGAUAAUCUCCAUACGUGGCUGUAAAUUAAGAAACAUAAUAUAUAAAAAUACGUAAAAGUAGCUCAUGCUUCAUUAGUGGUGAAAAGACUGAUGCCUGGGGACAAUUAGCAUUAAUUAAAUAUAGUCAGUUGGUUUCUUUGUUUCCUGGUGGCAUAGAAUGUACCUCUUAAAGCUGGAAUAGGCUAAAAGGUAUCUUAGUGUUGAUAGAAAGAAAAAAAAGUAUACCCCAAUUGGGCUUUUGUAUAUAAAAGGCUUGUAUGGGAAGUAAUACAAGAGAAAUGGCCAGGUUACAAAUUCCAAAAUUUAAUAUUUUCAGUACCUCACAGGUGUGUGGGUCAGUGUUGUGCAAGGAUGUUGAAGUGCUGAAAUCAUGUAGGUAGAAAAUAUUAGAAACAUGAAUGUUCAGUGAGUAAUGGUACAAUGAAAAGGCAGCCUUAAUGUAAGAGUGUGCAUGUGAAUUUGUGAUGGAUGCAGGAAGUACCAAAAAUUGGGCUGUGUUCUGCACCCCAAUUGCUCAUGAAUACCUGUGAGGGAAUAUUCGCCACAAAAAACCAGGCUGUGUGGGUUUCCCGCAUAGUUCCGACACUAUGGGGAAAGCUGCGUGUGUGUGUGUGACGAAAUCCACAGAACAGUGAUAGGGGGAAGCUUCAGAGAUAGACUGUUUUGUGAGAGUCUUAGGCAAUGAUCCCCAUUCUGUAUGUGAUGGUUCAGUGCCUCUCGACUACCAAGUUAUACUCUGUUUCAGUGGAGAGUUCUCAAUGGUGGAAACCUCCCGAAUCGUAGGUUUAAGUUCCAUUUUGUGAAUACCUUUUUGUGGAUUCAUGACGUGCAUUUAGGACUCUUUUUAAUGUACUUGGAGGUCUAUCUCAUGCCUCUGUCCUCUCCAUAUAUAUAGCAAGUGAUUCACUACCAAUCUUACCGUCCAAUUCUGCCUUGAUCAAUGGAAUAUUGCCGGAAUUACUCUUGUUACAGAAUAACUAUAUUUAUUAAUGAUAGGUGAUAUUCAUGUAAAUAGUGUAUGAGGUUAUGUUCUUCUUUAAGAAUUACUCACUAUCUUAAUAUAAUAGAUAAUAUAAAUAAAUAGUUAAAAAAAGGCAUUAAAUAUUUUUAGAUGACAGAGGCAGCUGUUUAACCAAUAGAAACAAAAAUGUUGGUCCCAAAAUGAAUGGGAAUAUGAUGAUCAUUGUUUACAAUGCACUCAGUGCUCCUUUUUAAUUUUCGAGACCAUGGAGCAGUCUGUUGUUUGCAUUUUGUUUUGUUGCUGUGUAAUAAUUAUUCUUUUUUUUGUUUCAUUGUUUUAGUUUUGUUUUUCUUUUGGCUGUUAUGCUCCUUACAUCUGUGGCUACCCUAGUUCCUGUAGUGUGAAUAUGUAAAGCAAAGGCUUGUGACCAUGUAUAGCCACAUAUGUUAUCUUUACUGGGUUGAUAUUUUAAUAUGUUGACAGAGCCAACCCUGAAAAGUAUGGAUUUGAUGGUUAUAUGUUGUGACAAACGCAAACAAACGUAUUGCUCUUAUCACUUCUCCCCUCCCAGUGAUUGAUAUGACCUUGCCUAUAGAAGUACAUGAGAUCUCUGUUGCAACACAUAUGUUGUUAAUGAAGUUAUAGACAUCUCACUAAACAUAGUAAGAUGUUAGUAGAAAUUGUGUUGCUACUGAGAAAUAAGUUUGUGCUUUGAGUCUUUUAAGAAAAAAAAGUCUUUUGAUUCUUGUUCUCUGAAAUUCAGUGCAUUGAUUGUUAUAUUCUUGAUAAGUAUUUUUGGUGCCUUAAAGAAAUAUUGUGCCUUGUGCAAAUGGCAGUAUGUGGUUGGUUAGUUGGAGCAGGAACUAAGGUGUUAGCCAGUCGAGUUUUCCAGCCUUAGUUAACCACACCGUUCAUGUACUUAAAACAAUGACCAUGGUUUAAACUAGGUCAAUCAGUCCUUAAACUAGCAUUCUUCAUAGUUCACCAAUCCCUAUUAUUAAUGUGAUGUGGGUGGUCUCUGUAUCUAUUGCGCAGGCACCUCUGCCUUGCGAUUGUGCCAGUUGUUGCUAAAGGGAUGGUCUCCCAAAUGGAAAUGGGAUAAAUUUUUGUACUGAAAAUAUACCAUGUCCUCUCUGUAUCCCCCAUAGCCCUCUGGUCACGUCAUCAGUAUUUCUAAUCCCCCACAUCCAUCCGCAGUCUGCUCAAGUGAUUUAUUGGACGUCCCAAGUGCCUUUGUCUGCAGCUGUUUAGUGGCCGUUCAGCUCCUCCCUGGGUCAUUAAACUGGUCAAAGGUCGUGACCCAGGUCGUUAGAGGUCACUUUGGCAGCUCUCAUGCCACUGAUAAGUUGUGGCAUUAGGUUAAGGUUCAUGUUAUAUGUUAAGGUUGAGUAAACACCAAGAGUUUACCACACGCUUGGUGAUUGCUCCGUUAUUAUCAUUAUUAUUUUAUUAUUACGUUUAUUGCUCCAGUAGACAU